GAAGAGUUCUAACGAAUGAAUCAUAUUCACCAAACCUGUGAUUUUAUGAAGAGAAUGAGAGAGGAGUAUGGAAAGUUGGAUAGGGUGGAGAUGAGCAUUUGGGGGUGCAUUGAAUUGCUCAAUGAGUUCAUCGAUGAGAGCGAUCCCGAUCUUGAUGAACCCCAGAUCGAGCACUUGUUGCAGACUGCUGAAGCGACUAGGAAGGACUACCCUGAAGAAGAUUGGCUUCACUUGACAGGCUUAAUUCAUGAUCUUGGGAAGGUGCUUCUCCAUCCUAGCUUUGGGCAACUUCCAGAAUGGGCUGUUGUUGAUGACACAUUUCCUGUUGGAUGUGCUUUCGAUGAAUGCAAUGUUCACCACAAGUAUUUUGCAGAAAACCCUGAUCACCUUAAUCCUAAAUACAAUACCAUGCUCAGAGUUUAUUCAGAGGGGUGUGGACUUAACAUUGUACUGAUGUCAUGCGGGGUUGAUGAUCAUAUGUACUUGGUUGCCAAGGAGAACAAAACUUCUUUGCCCUUAGCUGGUUUGUUUAUAAUCCGUUACCAUUCGUUUUACUCUCUGCACAAGCAUGGUGCCUAUCAGUACCUCAUGAACAAGGAGGAUAAAGAGAAUCUCAAGUGGCUUCAUGUGUUCAACAAAUAUGACCUUUAUAGCAAGAGCAAGGUGAGAAUAGAUGUGGAGAAGGUGAAGCCAUACUACGUUUCACUCAUCGAAAAGUACUUCCCUGCCAUGCUGAAAUGGUGA